CUGCCAACCUAUCUGCUGUAUUACAAUUGCAAUCAAAUAGGUAGUGAAUAAUUCCAGAUGUAUAAACAUUUCAGAAGAGGUAUCAUCAGAAUGAAGGGAAAAAUCAAAGCAACAUUUUUAAGUGCUGUUAUCGCUACUGUGAUUUUCUUUUAUAUAUACAGGCCAUUUGUUAUGGAUGAACGAAGACAAGAACAUCAAGAACAAAAUUUGAAUCGAAUCAAUAAAGAAAAAGAUUUGGUUUCUAUUCAAAAGAAUAGAGACCAUAAAGAAAAAGUGAUUAAAGAAAUACCAGUAGAUAAAUUUGACAUCAAAGGUGUGUCUCUCAAAGCUAAUGUCAAUGAAAGAAAUGAUGUCAAGGAAAAAUCUGAUAUAAAGGGGCUGUCUCUCAAUGAAGACAAAGUUGACAUCAAUGGAAAUACUGAUGUCAAGGAAAAAUCUGAUGUCAAAGGAAAAUCUAAAACCAAGGAAGCACUUCUUGUCAAGGUAGAGGCUCAAACCAAGGAUUUAUCUAAGAUCAAGAAAGUACCUGAUAUAGGUCCCAUUAAAACUACUGACAAGUGGAUAAUCGUUACAAGUAUAUCCUCUCCAACAGAAGAUGUCAAAAGUUUGGCAAAAUUGUCAGAAUGGCAGCUACUGGUUGUUGCUGAUACAAAAACUCCAAAAGACUGGCAUUUGGAUGGUGUUCUAUUUUUGAGCAUACCUGCACAGAAAGCUCUAGGUUAUAAGGUACUGGACCAUAUCCCAUAUGGUGUAUAUGGCCGCAAGACCAUAGGAUACCUCUAUGCAAUACAGCAUGGUGCAAAAAUUAUUUAUGAAACAGAUGAUGACAACCAUCCAACUGAUGAACUCAAAGGUUUCAUUACAACUGACAAGAUGUAUGGCGUUGUACCAUCAACAAACACGACUGUUCUGAACGCUUACGCUUACUAUGGACAGCCAACAACAUGGCCCAGAGGUUACCCUUUAGACAAGAUUGGGGACAAUAUCACAAACAAGUACAAUGCAGUGCACUGGAAUCGACCAUUGAUACAACAAGGGGCUGUUAAUGGUGACCCAGAUGUAGACGCCAUCUUUAGGCUUACCCGCAAAUCAAACUCUAAACUACUAAGUCUAACAUAUGAUGAGUAUAUGCCACCGCUAUAUUACCCCAGAGGGACAUUUGUUCCAUUCAAUUGCCAGAAUACUCUCUACCAUUAUGAUGCAUUCUGGGGUCUCUUUCUGCCAAAUUCAGUGACAUUCCGUGUAACUGACAUAUGGAGAAGUUACUUCACGCAGACCCUACUAUGGCUAAUAGGUGGCCAUAUAGGUUACAUGCCCCCUAAUUGUUACCAGUUUAGGAAUUAUCAUUCCUACAUUAGUGAUGCCAAGCAAGAGCAGAAGCUGUAUUAUCAGGCAGGUGAUCUUGUCCAGUUUUUAUCAAAUUGGAGAUGCAAAUCCAACAAUCUUACUUCAUGUAUUCAAAUAUUAGCAGACGAUAUGGCUCACAAAGGAUUCUGGGACAUUUCUGAUGCUAAGCUGGCAGCCGCAUGGUUACAAGAUCUUGUUUCCAUUGGAUAUAAAUUCCCAUCGAUGACAACAGAGCUACUAAAUGAACCAGUCAAAUUUCAAAUUACUCUUCAAACUGAAAACAGAUUCCCAGUGUCCCUUCCGUCCAGUCCAAAAUAUUCAAAUAUUGGAGAGAAAAAAUUUAAGAUCAAAGCUCUACUUGACAAGACAUGCUAUAAGACACAUGAAAUGAGACAGUCCAACAAGAUCCAACAGAUACAGAGAAAUCCCAUUUUAUUGCUGGUAGUAUUUAACACCCCGCAUUAUGAGAACAUUCCAUAUUUGGAAGCACUCUAUGAAAGUCAUUUUGUCAAAACAAUAUACUGCGGCCCAAAAUUUCCAGGUAAAACCUUUUUCAAGGAUUGGGAUAUUAAUUUUAUAACGUUUGAUGCAAGUAAAGAGUCACAAAAUAAAAACCGACCUGGUAGUUUCAACUAUGAGUGUCUACUGAAGGCCAUGAAGUUAGGCAUCAGAGUGAAAGGAGUACUGACAAUUGCUGAUGACUCUAUUAUGAAAGCCAAUACAAUCAGUAAGCUACCUAUGGAUGAGAUUUGGUAUGAUUCGAGAAGUUUUGAAACAGAAAAAGAAUUCUCUAGAAUAUUGAAAGAAACAUCUAACGAUACCAAGAAAAAGAAAGAAUUUCAACUGAGAUACAAAGACUUCAAUUAUAGAAUUGCAUCACUGGAAAAUCAAAGAAUAAAAUCUUGCAAUAUUUCAAACUUGCGAGACAAAUGUCACCUCAGUCCAUUUAGACCAUACUUUACUAAAUAUGAAAUAAAUAUCAGAAAUGCAUUUAAUGAGCUCUACCGAUUACAAGACACAAACAAACUGAUUAAAACAUUUCUUGCUGGACUUUCCAAAAAUUUACUUGGUAUGAAAAGAGUUAUAACUAGGCCAUCUGAUGUGUACUACAUACCACAAAAACAUUUUGAGAUGGUAAUCCCUGUUGCAGAGGCUUUUCACAAACACAGAGUAUAUAUUGAAAUAGCUGUUCCAACGAUACUUCAUGCCCUAGGUGUGAAUUAUAGCAACUUGGCUGUGAGUGUGUAUAACUAUGACUACGGCAAGACACGCGAGAAACCAUGGAUACGAUUCCCAGCUUUUCUGAACAGCACUGUAACAUUCAUGCAUCCAGUGAAACUGAGUGGUAUAGCCCAGAACAAUAGCAACAUAACAGAGUUAUUUUGUGCAGCCAUGGAUAAUCAGCAAUUUAUGCAUCCCAUGUAAAUAGUGUUUCAUAAUAUGAAAAUCUGCGCUAACUCUAACACUGGUAUUUCAGUAAUUGUAAGCCAUGUUAUUAAAUUUAUCUAUUUAUUGAUAUAUAUUUUUCUCUAAUACGACUAUAGAGUCAUGCAUGCAGGGGAAUUAAGGGAUAAUAUUAAAGUUGAAAUAUGUAGCAUUCUUUUAUUUAGUAAAUGGUGUUUUAUAUUUAGCGUGUUCAUCAAGUGUAAGUAGGAUUAAAGAUUCUUCUCAUACAAAUAAGGUGAACAUUUUUAUUAUUUUAUUGUAACGCUCAUAAUUUUAGCCAAGACUUUUUUUAUUUAUUAUGUACAGUACUUCAAAUGAAACUUAUUAUCAUUACUUAGUGAUAAAUUGUAGAAUGGUGAAAUAAAAUGGAUAACAUAAAAAAUGACUUUAAUUGGUCAAGUUGAGAUCAACAGAUUUGCAGUAUUGUAUUUCGGGGAUACAAUUGUGACAGUUGACCUCUGGAGAGGUCAAUAAAUUGUAUAUUGCUCACCUUUCUCUGCUGUUCAAAGGCCUGGACAGCUUCUUCCUUCUCUCUUCUGUACUGUUCCUCCAUCUCUCGAAGUCUAAAACAUAAUAAUCUUUACUUGAACAAUUGAUCAUCAAUACUAAUAACACUUUAAGUUAAAUCGACAAAAAUAUGAUGGUGAUAUAGAAUCUGCAACAGAUCUGUUUUAAAACCAUUAGAACUGUUUCUUUAUGCAUCAUUAUCUACAUUUAGAUGAC